GUCAGGUCAGAAGGACGAGUGUAUUUUCUACUGGGGAUCAGCGCCAGGUUGGUCUCUUUCAUUCACCCUACCAAGGCACUUUAUCCGCGCUACAGCUGUGAGUCGAAGAUCGAUUGAUCACCACUCUGCCCUUCAAUAUUUCUACUUCCAGCGCCGCCAUUUCGACCCGUCCAUCCUUGAUCUGUAUUUUUUUCGCCAUACCACAUCUUGAAAGCACAGAAACCGAUCAAAUAUCUAAUCCAACCGGUUGCCUUGCUACGGACGACAUUCCUUUGACCUAGAAAAACGCCACUACUAUGUCUCGUUUUUUCCGUGCUGGUGAGAGCGACUCUGACGACACCGAGUCUGAUUACUCUGAGGAGCUUACUGCCUCUGAGUCCGAGGAUCACUCUGAUUCUGAUUCGGAUGGUUCCUCGUCCGAUGACGAUCAGCCUGGCAGGAAGGCCCCUCAGGGUCGCCUGUUCGGUGUAGGCUCAGAUGACUCCGAUAGCGACGAGGAUGUAGUCCGCGUCGUGCGUUCGGCAAAGGACAAGCGCUUUGAAGAGAUUGAGAUGGCUGUGAACGCCAUGGCGAACGGCCAAAAGAUCAACGACUGGGUUUCAGUUCAGAACGAAUUCGAUCGUGCCAACAAGGCCCUUCAGAAGGCCGCCGGCAUCAUUGCCCAAACCAGCGUCCCCAAGUUCUAUAUCAAGGCUGUGGCUGAGGUUGAAAAGGCGAUUGCGGGCGCAUUGGAGAAGGAAAAGUCGGCUUCUAAGAAGAUGAAUGCCUCCAAUGCCAAGGCGUUGAACUCAAUGAAGCAGAAGGUCAAAAAGAACAACCGUGUGUACGAGAAGGAGAUCCAGGAGUACGAGAAGGACCCCGAAAACUACGACGUUGAGGAGGAGGUUGUUGAGGUUAAGCCCAAGACCAAGAAGCCCAAGAAGGUUAUUCUUUCCGAGUCAGAGGGUGAAGAGGAAGAUGGUGAACCCGUCGAUGAUGGAUUCACUCCUGUUGGCGCUGGCGGAAAGACGGUUGAGUUCACCCAGGAUAAUUUGUUUAAGAAGCUGCGGGAAGUCAUCGACGCUCGUGGAAAAAAGAACACCAACCGCGAGGAGCAGGUCCGAAUUCUGGAGCGAUUGCUUGUUGUCGCAAACACGCCCUAUCAGAAGAUUCGUGUUCUUUUGAACCUGAUUUCUGCCCAGUUCGAUUUCGCGGUUGGUCUCUCGGGAUACAUGAACAUUCCUCUUUGGAAGAACGCUGAAAAGUACCUCAACAGCCUUCUGACCAUCUUGGAGUCAAACCCCGACUAUGUUGUCAAGGAAAAUGCUCCAGAAGAGGAUGACGAUGAGAAGGAUCGUGCUCCUGAAAAUGGUCAGACUGUGUUCAUUCAAGGAUCAAUUGUGGCCUUUGUCGACCGCCUGGACGAUGAGUUCACAAAGUCUCUCCAGAACAUCGACCCUCACACCACGGAUUACGUUGAACGCCUCAAGGACGAAGUCGGUCUGUACGCUGUUAUUGUUCGGUCCAGCGCCUACUUCGAGAAACUUGAGCUCACGGAUGCCAUUUGCCGCACCACCAUGAGACGCUUGGAGCACUUGUACUUCAAGCCUGAAGUUGUCAUUCUCGCUGUCGAGAAUGCGACCUCUGCACUGUUGCCUACGAGCAUCGCCAAGCCCAUCGAAGACUCCUCCAAUCUGAUCCAUGACCUCUGCGUAUUUUUGUACAAGAACGCCAACUCUUUGCAGAGAACUCGCGCCAUGCUCUGCCAUAUCUACCACCACGCCCUUCACAAUCGCUUCUUUGUCGCUCGCGAUAUGCUCCUCAUGUCCCAUCUGCAGGAAACCAUUCACCAAGCCGACAUCACCACCCAGAUUUUGCACAAUCGUACCAUGGUUCAACUUGGUCUUUGUGCUUUCCGGGAGGGAAUGAUUAAGGAGGCACAGACUUGCUUGCAGGACAUUUCUGGAACUGGUCGCGUCAAGGAAUUGUUGGCCCAGGGUCUCCAGGCUCAGCGUUACGGAGCCGUUUCACCUGAGCAGGAGAAGCUAGAGCGCCAACGCCAGCUUCCCUUCCACAUGCACAUCAACCUCGAGCUCUUGGAGUGCGUCUACUUGACGUGCUCUAUGCUUUUGGAGAUCCCUGCCAUGGCCGCUGCUGGAAGCAACCCCGAUGGCCGCAAGAGGGUCAUUUCCAAGCCCUUCCGUCGCAUGCUUGACUACAACUCUCGCCAGGUCUUCUCCGGACCACCCGAGAAUACUCGUGACCACAUCAUGGGGGCUGCCAAGGCUCUGGCUGGCGGCGAGUGGCAAAAGUCGAUCGAACUUAUCAAUGCGAUCAAGAUCUGGGAGCUCAUGCCUUUAGCGGACAAGAUCAAGGAGAUGUUGGGCCGUAAGAUGCAAGAGGAGGGUCUUCGUACAUACUUGUUUGCGAACGCCUCAUACUACUCUUCAGUUGGGCUUGAGCAGCUCGCCAAGAUGUUUGAGCUCCCAUUGGCGACUGUUGUCUCGAUUGUGUCGAAGAUGGUCUGGAACGAGGAAUUGUCGGCCAGCAUUGACCAGGUCAGUAACGUGGUGGUCCUGCACCAUGUCGAGGCAACAAGGCUGCAGUCGCUUGCCCUUGCGUUUGCUGAGAAGGCUGCAGGAUUUGUUGAGGGCAACGAAAAACUGCUGGAGUCGAAGACACCUCAACAGGGAGAGCGCCCCAAGAAGGGACCCAAUGCGAACAAAGAUCAGGCCUCUGGCAAGCAGCAGCAGCAGCGCACGAUGGGACCCCGUGGUCAUCGUGGUGGACGUAACCAAUUCAACAACGGACUCGGCAACAGCGUGAGGGGCGGUCGCAAGUAGAAACAAGGAUAUCUCGCAUACAUUUUUCUUCGUUCAAUAAAAGUUUUAACCC